AUGGAGCUCUCGCGCAGCCUGUCAAGGGCGACUAGAAGCCUUUGCCGUCUCACAACAUCAUCCUUCCUUGCCCCUCUCCUGACGCGGACGACGGCGCCAUGCAUUUCGAUAGCGACACGGUCGUUUUCAUCGGCUCCCGCACUGUCAGCUACGGGCGGACCCCGACAGCUCACAGACAAGGAUAGAGCAGCCAGAGAAAAGGUCAAGCGGCGAAGAAAGAAGCAUCGAGCAUACAAGCAGCAUAAUCUGAAGGACAUGCAGCAGUUCACGUUAUGCGAAGCAAUGAGAUAUAUCAAAGCCUUUGAGCUCGGUCAGAAUCCCGACACCCCUAAAUACGACAUCCACGUCAAAUUGCGCACGAAAAAGGACGGCCCAAUAGUCCGCAACAACGUCCGCCUCCCCUAUCCCGUGAAAACCGAUAUCAAGAUCGUGGUCGUAUGUCCACCGGACUCGAACGCGGCGAAAGCCGCUCGUGCAGCCGGUGCACAUCUGGUCGGCGAGGAGGAGGUUUUUGAACGGGUCAAGUCUGGGAAGAUAGACUUCGAUCGAGUCAUUGCCGUGCCAGAGAGUUUGCAGAAGAUGAACAAAGAGGGUAUUCCCAGGAUACUGGGUCCCCGCGGGUUGAUGCCGAAUGUGAAGAUGGGAAGUGUGGUCACGAAUCCCGGUCCGGCCGUGAGAAACAUGAUGGGCGGAAGCACAUACAGAGAGCGACAGGGGGUAGUGAGGAUGGCGGUCGGACGGCUAAGUUUCACGCCGGAGAUGCUGAGGGAUAAUGUCAAGGCGUAUGUCACCGCGGUCAAGAAGGACGCUGCUGCAUUGAGUGAUCAGAUUGCCAAGGAGGUGUAUGAGGUUGUGCUGAGCUCGACGAACUCUCCGGGCUUUUCGCUCAACGGGGAUUUCUAUAGGCCGGGACCUGGAAAUGCUACGCCCCAGCAGCUGGCUGUGGUUUGA